GUGCGAUUUUCUUGAAGUGGGAAUAUGCUCUGGGACGAUAUUGCAUGCAGAUUGAUAGUUGCGAUAAUUGCUGCGCAUCAAUCCCUGUCCGUAAUUGAGUCCUCGCAGCGGUCGAGGCGCAAAGACACAGUCCAAAAUGAGGUCAUUAGGAGAGCGGUUAAACCUGCUUCGAAAGAAACUCAUUAACAUAAAAUGCGGUCCCGGCGCAGCUAUCCUUCCUUCGGAAGUCACCCGGAUACACAUGGACUUUGCCAUACGCCUGAAGGGCGGCCACAUGGGAGCUAGGAAGUUCUGGAAGGAAUACCUCCCCCGCCUGAAAUACCACAACCCCUCCAUCCCCAUGAUCGUCAACCGCCACGACCAGAACCAGCUCCCCCCGACCAUGUCCAUCUACCUCCGCAAAUCCGACUCCUCAGCCGCCGCCUCUUCCGAACCCCUCGCUCAGCCUUCAUCAUCACGCACAAACCUCUCCAAGGCGCAGCCCCCCACCGCGGACGAGCGCGUCGUGCACAUCGACAUGAGCAACAAGCACUCAUCACAUAUCCUCGAGUUCUUUAUGGCGGAGACCCGUGCUGUUCCUCUGCAGCCCACAAACGAGGAGAUUGCCGAGAUGCAGGCCCUCGAGACACUACGAAAGAAUGCUGAUGUCGACCGUGAGCGUGUACGACAGCUGAGACUAGAGAAGAAGAAGGAGGAGGACAUGCUGAAGCGAGCAAGAGCUGCGGGUGGCAUGGCAGAGCAAGAAGAGGCAUAGGAGAGAGAGAGAGAGAGAGAGAGAGAAAAUCAAGUUAGACAAUUGUACGAUAAGCGUUUUUGAGUAUAUGGCAAUGUGUAUCGU